AUGACAAAGCCCAAGAAGUGGUAUCUUGAAAGUACAGGGGAUGGUGUGUCCUUGGUGUACAGUGAUGGAGAGCUCAUCAAGAAGGUGAAUGCCAACAAAGACUUGGGCAAUGUGAUGGAUAUCACUAUACCAACCGUAGCUGAUUUGGAGAGAUUCAAGAAGAGGCCAAAGCAAGCAAGCACUGUUCGUUUCAAUUGUGCCUCUGGAACGAUUGUUAUGAAGCUGGAACGCCAUGACUGCACGAAGGGUUUCUCUACGAAUUUCAUGGGGAUACUUACGAGUUACGACUUCAUUCAAAAAUGGGAUGAGUUACAGGAUACGUUUGCGACUACAGCUAAUGAGCCUAUGGACAAAUUGAGGCAUUCUGCUAGUGCUGAGCUUACUCCUCCAUCCACUUCAAAGGAUGCUACUUCAAAAACACCAAAGUCAUCAAGAGUUUCAGCUGUUUCGAACGAAAUAUUGCCGUACGACCAACCUUCUCCUACAAAGAAACGAAAAUUUAUCAAGGCGCCAAUUGACGAAGCAAUUGAAAGUGCUAGAAAAGGUGUGAUGGAACUACCGAUAACGCAACUACAUGCUCCUCCAAAGAAAUCACGACUACUGCGUGAAGCAGAUUCAACAUUCUUGGGACACCUCAAAAAGAGGAUGGUUGCUGACCCCUCUGCUCCAGGUGCAUGCCCAAUGGCAGUUUUGUGUACUAGUGUUCACAAUUCUGGAGAAUUUAAAGCUAAGCACAAAAACGUAUAUGAGUACGAAGUCCUAGGAGGAUUGCAUAGCUUAAUUUGCAAAAAUCAGUUGGCAACAGAGCAUCCCGAUAACCCAUACUACACAGUGGCUCUUGCCGAUGUCUACGUCGGCCUCAGUGAUGAAGAAUCACUUCGCCUUGCUUCAAGGCACAACGACAAUUCACAUUUCGUUCACCGAGUUACACACCGCGAUCUGGUAGAAGCUUGUCGCUCUCGACUAUAUGCAUUGAAUGACAUAGAUCUCUCGAUGGAAACCCCAGCCCAGUCGCAAGAUUGGAAAACCUCUUGCGAGAUGGCUAUUCUCCCAAAGGAUAUAUCCCACACACAUAAGGAUAAUGUGUUCUCUCAAGCCAGCUUACGUAAGCAAGUGUGGGACCUGGUAGUUCAGGUAAUGGACCUGUUCGAGCAGUCGAAACUAAAGGCACAAAAGCUAAGAAUGUCGACACUAUUACAGAAGCCCGAAUUUAAGCAGAACUACUUGGCACCUAUUCGAACGCUGCCAAUUAGCGAUCAGUGUUUACUACUGCAAAAAGUUAUAGCUGGGGAAACCUCUCUGACUGAGCUGCAGACUGCUGCUACUCAUUUAAAGCAGAAAGCAGCUCUGAAAACAGCAUUUGCAAAACUAACAAAUGUUGAGUCAUGGGAUCAAGCUGUUGACAAAUUUCCCGCUUUUGCUACUGACGAUCAGCUGAAUCGAUUUCUUGGCAUCGACAUUCGAAAAACGAUUCCGAAAGCUUUCGUUAGUUUCUGCCAGCGGGCAAAAAGCUAUUUAGCUGACGACGCAUCACCAGCUUCCAGUAUUAUCGUCAAUGGUGCAUCUGUGAAUGUUUUAGUAACAGAAAUUUCAGUAAUUUCGGGAAAUAUGAUCAGAAAGGCAAACCCGUCUUUUGAAGGGGCCCACCUAGUUAUAACAUCACACAGUGAGAAUAUGGAGAGUAUCGCAUACACCAUAAAAGAGAUCAAUGCCUUUUUAGGUUGUUACAUGUAUGUAGUUGCCUGUGUAUGUCCUGUUGACGCCCAACAGACAACAAUGAACACAUGGAGGCGUACUUUUGGAAAAGCUGAAGUGCUGUUUUUUGCUAACACCAGUAUAGCAAAAGCAAGCACCACUACAUACCUUACACCCUGCGUGGAGGCUGUAGUUGUUGCUUUUUUCACCCCGGCAGUAGACGCUUCAGCCAAGGAGAUGCUAGACUAUCCACCCAAUGACCACAGACUAAACUUUGUAGAUGGCGACUCAGCCUGUCUUUAUGAAUAUCUCAUUUCUCACUUGUGUGUGGCUGGGUCUACGGUGCUAGACAUUACUAGCGGAAAUGAGAAAGGUACGUAUGGUAUUUUUAGUAUACCUUGCUAUGAAUUAAUUUUGCAUCCCUACAUAUACAGAGCUAAUAUCGUACACAGCCGUUACUCUGGGGAGGAAUAUAGUAUCUAUUGUGCCGUCUCAAGAUAACCAGCAAGCUAUUUAUCGGAAAGUAGCAUCACUGCUACCUGCAACUGAUACUGCUUAAAAAUUUAAUGCUAUUUAUCGGCUACCUGCAACAUUGCUUAAGUUCAUAUCUUAGUAUUGUUACACCCCAUUAUACGUAUGACUUUAAGGUUAGGAUUCAGCUAUGUCCAUUGCAUUGUGAUACUUACAUGAUUAAUUUCCUGUGUAUAA